CACUAUUUUGAUGCAGGAACUCAGGCUUGCCACCAGCUUGCUGAUAUCAGCCACAAAGCUGGCUUUCACAUGUUCCUUGCCGGAAUGACGCAUACUGCUAAUGAAAACGAUCCUAAUGUUGGACGGGAUGAUCCUAUAGCCUGGAGCAUCAGCCUCAGUGACAUUAGGGCAGGAGAAGUCAGCUACAACCCUGUUGGUAGCUUUUUGCGGAUUGCCCAAUGCGACAUCGUUGACAUCAACCUAUCGGCCGAGACGAAAUUCAAGCAGCAUGAGAUCGAUUCCCUGUCGGUUCGGAAUCACGACCCGAAAUGCUACUGGGCCUUGGACUACUCGGAGGAUGGCAGCCAUGAUAGUCUCGCUGAUGACGAAGACGAGGAUGAAGACGAGGACGUGUAUGACUGUACCUGCCGGAAGACUGUGCACCAUCAAGUUAUCGUCUUCGUGCCUCAACAACACCUGGACAGGCUACUCCCAGCAGUCGCCGAACCUGACCACGUCGACAACCUGGUGCGUCUAGUUUUGCCACGCUGCCGGGAAGUUAAAGAAUGGGAUGAAGAGCUCGAUUCGGCACUGGUACGCUUUUUCACUGCCUGUGUCAAAGGCGAAAAUGUUUAUCGACCAGAUAAGACGCUUGGAUGGAUCUUGCGAUGGGCACGUGGAGGUUUCGAGGAAAGUCUAUACGACGCCUGCCUGGAGGCUGGCGCCCUUCUCCCAAAUGAAUGCAUCAGCUUUUAUUCCGACCUUGGCGCGGUAAUAGAGGAUGACCUCUCAGGUGAGAUAAGUUACACACGCGUUGAGACGGCGCUAUGUUCGAUGCUACAUGGACUUGUCAGCCAAGUUGACAAGGUCGGGCUGACGUCACUGGAUUCAAUUCUUUCAAGACUGCAAGAGGAAAUUAGUUGCCAUCGACUCAGGGAUAAAUUUCGUGGCUGGAAGGAAAAAAUGCUCCAAAGAGAGCUGAGGAGAAAGUACUCGUUUGAUGACAGCGACCUUUGUUUCGUCGUGAAAACCCUCGAUAAUUCCGGUCGUCUUUUGUCAUCUAUGUUGCCGCUAGAGACCAUGAAAACCCGCAGCACACAUCAUUGUCUCCUCGAAUUCCUGUCCUGCGCCUUCCGAAAAAACCUGCGAAUCUGGCACCAUACGAGCGGGGACUUUCAAAGCCUCUACAAGCAACUUAUAGAUGGAAAUGAAAAAAGCCUUGCUCUCCGAGGCUCGGACAUCAAAAAGACAUGGUCUACUUCACCUCACCAUUCAGGCAGUUGGUUCAUCUCCAUUGUGGUUCAGAGCCUCCAACAGGGGUUGCUGUCUUCUCUGCUCCCCAUUAUCAAGAGUACUUGUCCGGUGUUCGAUAUUGGCCUGCCCCGCGAUGGCACCCUCGCAUUUCGGGACAUGUCUAUCGCGGGCUUUCUUGGGGACAUGUGCCAGUCACUUCAAGAUGCAAGUUCGCCACCCGACAAGAAAAAUCAACAAUUUUCGACCCCAGUAACUGUUAUAUCCGCUGAAGAAAGCAAAGCCGUUUUCGAGACAUUGCUACGCCACGGUGUUCUGAGAGCAAUGCCGACUAGUCAUAUUGCAGAAAGCUUCACUGGAUGGCCAAUCGCUUCGAGGGGAUGCAGAAAGCCAGACUGCGUCGACUGCGCGGUACUUGAUGCCCUCUUGGGCCACAAGACGGUCAUUGUCGCACGUUUCCAUGAAAAGUCUCUCCGCGGUGGUUUAGGUCACCUUAUUGGGCAACUGACCAAGAAAACGGCUGAGUGGCCAGCGCUCUUUAAGUAUAGCGUCACGGGUGAAAUAGGCUCACGAACAGUCAUCAUAACGAAACAAGAGGACGAUUUGCGAGCAAUGGCGCAACGCAACUAUGAUUAUGCGAUGCGGUCCCUUCGCCGGCGGGUGGCACCACUAAAAAAUGACUACAUGAAACAAAUACUAGGCCGCGAGCUCUACGGCGAGCUUGUUCUCCUCGGGGACGAGGAUGAGAUUGAGGCUACAGAGUGUGACCAAGGUCUGACAGGCACCGAUUCUGACUGUGACUCGGAGUCAACCAAGACGUGCAGCGACGUGGCUGAACCGUCAGCUUCGUCCCUCAAGAGGCCGGCGCGGAGCUCUCCUGGCCCUGACUCUAGGCCUAAAAGGCAGAAAACUGGUUGAAGGACGGGGCAUCUUGUGUUUUCUUUGAACUAGUAUCGCCAACAAGCAAAUAAUGCAUUGCUAUUCAAGGGGUUGGGAAAUUGAGGCGUGUUAACAGAAGGAGAUAGCAUGUAACUUUUGGGACUGGCGUUUGAGGUCAAUGUACGCUUAUGUUGUGAUAGCUUUUGCGAGUUUGUAGUCCAGCUGCAGUCAAAUAGACUAUUGCCUUUGGAGUCGGCGA